GAUGGUAGGUUGACUUGUCGCGUUGUUUUGUUAAAAAAAUCUCAUUGGUUGGUUAGCACUGUCUGCUAAAUUGCGAUUGGCCAGCACGACUGAGGCGAAAUUAAAUCAGACGUUAAAACUGUAAGCUACACUGUUUGUGUAGUUCUGGUGCCGUUCCAGUGUGGCUGGCUUUCAAAGAUGGGAGAUGUAGCAGAAAUCCACAUAACACCCGAGACUCCGGGAAGACCAGCUAUUUUAAAUCCGUUUGAGAGCCCAAACGACUAUCACCGCCUGCAUGAAGCUCUUGUGCCCAGCCCGUCUGUGUUCAAGAGAUCCAGGAGCUCAUUAGCAACACCAGCAAAGUUUAAGUGGUCCAUUGAUGAAAUGGCAAAUUUACUUCCAGUGGAAAUAGACCCAGAGGAUAUUCACCGCCAGACUGUUUUUCUAAGCCAAGCCAGGUCAGAUGCUGAGAUUGAGGAAAAACGACAGAAUGCCAUUGAACAGUUUUUUACUAAAGGUGUCAUUGUUCCUUCACCAUGGGGACCCCCAACAGCUAAACAGCCAAUACAGUUGCAAAAUUAUAAAAGGGAGCUUCAGUCACACAGGAAAAUACAUGGUUUCUUUAAAGAUUCAGCAAAAGACAAUUACAAAACGUAUUAUAAAAAUAAAGGAAUAGUUCACCAAAAAAUUUAAAUUAGCCCAUAUUUU